CACCGACAACCUAAAAAAGCAACUCACAAUUGAAUUCAUUACACUCUCUGCUCUCACUCUCACUCUCCCUCUCCCUCUCUUGGAUGACAAGUUAACAACACAGAAAGCAAGCAAAAUGGACUUCCCAACCACACUACUCAACACUGUCUCUUCUUUUCUUCAUCCCUUACCUCCACAUUUUCACUUUCUAGAAAACAGAGAGAGAAGAAAGAAACAGCAUGUUCUGUUGACCCCACAUACACAACUCCAAUAAACAAAACUCACAUUCUUCUCACUCUUCCCAUUUCCUCAACCUCUCUCUCUUUCUACAUUGCAUGUGAUGUGAAUUGAAGGAGGGGCUUCAGGAUCCAAACUUUUCAAUCUCAUUUGACUCUCUUUUGGAUCCUCCAGCUAGCUUCAGCUAUGGAGCCAAAUUCUCGUCUUGAUCAUGCCCUUUUUCAACUCACCCCAACCAGAACCAGAUGUGACUUGAUCAUUGUUGCUGGUGGAGUGAAUGAGAGACUAGCUUCUGGGAUCUUAGAACCGUUUCUUUCUCACCUCAAGAGUGCUAAGGAUCAGAUUUCCAAAGGUGGCUAUUCCAUCACUCUGCAUCCACCUGUUGCACAUGCUCCCUGGUUCACCAAAGCUACCCUUUUAAGGUUUGUUAGAUUUGUGAGCACCCCAGAAGUGCUAGAGAGGUUUGUGACAAUAGAAAAGGAGAUAGUGCAGAUUGAAGAUUCGAUUCAGUCGAGUGAGAAGGGAAAUUUAGUGGCAGAGACAGAAGGAAAUGUGUCAUCAGCUGAUGGGCGUAUCAAAAGGUCAACUACUUCCAAGCUGAAAGAUGAAUUGAGUGGAACCAAUCAAGAAGGAUAUGAAGAAAACUCUAGGGUUCGCCUUCAGCGUGUUCUGGAUAAUCGUAAAGCUAUGCUUUGCAAAGAACAAGCAAUGGCCUAUGCCCGCGCUUUAGUUGCGGGAUAUUACCCAGAAUCUCUGGAUGAUCUCAUAUGUUUUGCUGAUGCUUUUGGAGCUUCACGUUUAAGGCAAGCAUGUGUAAAUUUCUUAGAGCUCUGCAAACAAAAGAAUGAAGACAAGCGCUGGAUAGAUGAGAUAGCAGCCAUGCAGGCGUUUUCUCAUCCCGAAUUGCCUUACCUGAGGACAUCCGGAAUCAUACUCGACGGUGAAGAUGAUCCAAGCAAUAAACUUAAUGGUGAUGGCUCAAUUUCUGAGUCGACCCCGAGCCAUGCAAGUUUGGACAUUGGCCAAGGUCAAACACCAUCAACAGAUGGAAGGGCUCAAAUACCAAUGUCCUGGCAAAACCAUCAUCCACAGUUCAUUCACAAUUUUCAGGGUCAUGCAUUUCAACAAAUGCCCCCAUACCUGUAUCCUGGAAUGCCAGUUCCCCCUGCAUAUUAUCCAGGGAAUGUUCAAUGGCCUCCAAAUGGAGAAGGCUCGCAUUUUGACCGAGAAAUGGAUUCUCAUAAAUCAUCCUAUAAGAAGAAGAAGAAGAAGAAACAUUCUCAAGUACUGGAGCACUCUGAUGAAAACGGAUCAACUGCAUCCUCUAACUCUAGUGAUGAGAGCGAUUCAGAUGACCAUUCAAGGCCAAGCAGAAAGAGUUCUUCAACAGAGAAUCUUCACAAAAAGAAGCACGGAAAGAAGUCUUCGAGGAAAGUAGUUAUACGCAAUAUAAACUAUAUAACCUCUAAUGGAGAUGGUGAAAAAGGUAGUGUCACAGAGGGGAGUUUGUCCAAUGAGGAAGAAUUUAUCAAUGGAGAUUCCCUGAAAAACCAGGUAGAGGAAGCUGUAGUGUCACUGGAGAGAAGACACAAGUCAAGUUCCCGUCACCAUAAAAAACAACAUAGCGCAAAGCAUCCUGACAAACUAAUUGGUUCAGAUGAUGCUGAUUCCAAUGGCAUAAAAGGCAAUAACAACUGGGAUGCUUUCCAGAAUCUCCUUUUGAGAGAUGAUGAUUCUACCCCUGAUACGGAAAAACAGCCUAUUAAGUUUCAGGAGGAAUAUAUUGUGAACAAGAAUUUUGAGGAUGAUUCCUUUGUUGUUGCUGGGAGAGAAUUGGACAGCAAGGGCCGGAAUCGGGUUGAAUACUUUAAGGAAGGGAAGGAUGCAGCUUCAUCUAUCAAGAAAAAAAUUAGCACAGAUGAGGAGUUGUUGUUUUCUCGGAGAAAUGAAGAAUUAAGUGGCUACUCUGAUUCAACUGUGCCUGGCCUAGAAACUUCCCUCACUAAAUGUCAGAAAGAAGAGGACUGGCUCAUUGUCAAUCAAUCUGAUAAACCAACAAAUGAAGAUCGAUACCGUGACUUUAGAACUUUUAAUGGUGUAGGGAAAAACAAGAAAGAUAUUUUGGGCGAUGACUCUUUCAUGAUUCAAUCACGAUCAUCGGAAGAUCAAUUCCAUUCUCAAUCAGCAGCUGACAUAAGUAUGGUUUCAGACAUUGUUGGUGCUACUGAACUCACAAACAGCAAGCAAGAAGGUUCACACAAUAAGACUGGAACCUUAAAUUCCCACGAGCCAGAUGAUCUCUUCAUGGUUCUCGAACGUGAUUCAGCUGUAGAGCGGACUGCAGCACCGUGGACCAUGGAAAUGGAUCUUGAAAAUAACAUUUCUUCAAAUAAAGAAAAUAAAAAGCUUUCUGACAUUGGAAAUGAUAAAAAUAGUCUAUCUAAUCCUAAGGGAGCUGGUACGAAAACUCCUGGAGUGCGAACUGGGAAAGUUUCAAGUAAAGAUGCAAAGUCUAAGGCUCAAAAUGCUUCCCUUGGGAAAACCAAAUCCGAUAUCAUGUCAAGAAGCAAAGUAUCACCUGGAAGCAGAACUACAGUUACGAAGAGCAAAACUGUUAAGGAAGAAGAAACUAGAAAGAGAAAGGAGGAAUUACUGAUUCAGCGGCAGAAAAGAAUUGCGGAACGAAGUGCCGCUAAGAAGACUGGAUCACAAACUAAGACUUCUGCAAAGAAAGAGAACCCUAAGAUUCAUCCAUCCAGUGAGGACAUUAAGAAAGUGCGCAAACCAGUCCUCAGGAGUUCCACCAUUGAUCGCCUCGCAACCGCCCGAGUAAGUCAGCAAAAGGUUACACCAACCGUAGCUAAAUCAGGUCCAACCAAGAAACCUCCCGUGAAGGCAAGUGGAAAAGGGGUACCUUUGCAGAAGACUUCUGGUACAGAAAAGAAGAAACAGGGCCCAAAAGAAGUCAAAACUUCAAAUCAUAAAGAAGAUGCAAAGAAAACAAAGGGGCCAGUUCUUUCUACAACAAAUGCUAAGGCUAAAACUGAAAUUUCUGUCACUAAUGGCAAGGCUAAAACUGAAAUGGAAGCUUCAGUAGUAUUGCCAUUGACUUCUGUUGCUGUGCAAUCUGUUGAACCAAAUAACAAAAAUCUUGGUGUGACAGAGAAACAUGCAAGAUAUUUUGAAAAUGUUGGCCAGCUUCACAUGGAUUCAUCUGAGCCAAAUCAUGGUCAUGCAUUGGGAGAAAAUCAGUCUAGAGGUGAAGGAGUAUUGAACAAGUUAUCUUCACUUCCUGGUGAUAACAAACCUCAACAUAAUACUGAAGGGGUCAUAAAUCCUACACCUGCUGCAAUAGCUAGCAAAACCCUUACAGUUUCUGCUGUGAAUUCAGUGGUUAAUCAGAAAAUUGAUGAAAGCAAUGCUGUUCCACCUAAAGUCUCUGAGAUACAAAUUUCUACCCCUCCACCUAGACCUAGUAACCAAGUGAUGUCAGAAUCAAUCCACUCCAGGAAGAAAUGGAACAAUGAUGAGGAUUCUUUGAAAGCAGCCAAAGGAUUUCGUAAGCUUCUCUUCUUUGGAAGAAGGAGCUGAAGCACAAUGGUGGAUUUUGAUUUUUUGCAAAUGGCUUCACAAUAAUCUUCUCAAAGUGUUCUGAGAAGCUUCAUCCAUGGUUUUGGUUAUUCAAUAUUUCAACAAAAAUUUACUUUGUCCAUUCUUUAGCUCAACAGAAAGGGUUUGGCACACUGAAUUGAUUGUUGUUUUAAGCACAUUCACGUGAUGCUGUGGCAGUCACGUGGAUGAUUGUAGAUAGUUUCCACCUUGCAUGCACAAUAAUAAAGCCAAGAGAUUGGGGAUUGGAUUUCAUACUACAGGUUGUGAUGUAAAUUAUCUGAAUAUGGUGUAUCAGAAGCAAGGAUUGUAUAGCACAGGUAAUAUAUUUUCCAUGUUAGAACUAUAGACAAGGGCUUUUGAAGCCAAAAGACGUAUUUCCUUGUAUUGUAAAUCAUAUAAGAUUUAAUGUUUGGUUGUG